AUGGUUCCAAUUAGUCUUCUUAUUUUGGGCAUGUUUGUUAUUAGUAGUAUGGCAGCACCGUCAAUGAACGACCGUCAAGAACUCUAUCUUGAUACUUGUCAAACAAGUUGUGGCUCAGUGAGCAGCAAUGACGAAGCUGAAGCAUGUCGUGAAAAUUUUUGUCCUAACUAUGUGACCUAUUUAUUAACAGGCUUAGUUGAUGAGCACGCGAAACCUGCUCUUGCAUCGAAAGAUCGUAAAGAAGUAGGCGAAUUUUGUGCCACGUGGAUUCUUCACUUAAUUCGUCAGCUUGGUUGGCAAAAUCGUAUUCAUCUUGAUCUCAACAACUGUAUUUGCGCUGCUGGCAAAGAUUGUUUUGUCAAAUAA